AUGGAGACCACAAUGAAAAGAAGACAUAUUCCUCAUGUGUCGGAAAAGCAGCAGCAGCAGCAGCAGCAGGAUUACACUGCUCUUGCUGGCGAUGAUUACAUUGAUACAAAGGAAAAGGCAUACAAUAGAUACCGCCCUCAACCUCAAGCACCCGUAGUCUACUCUUCAAACAAGAACAUUGCUUUUCUGCAGAAAAACCAACACACAAUCAUCACCAUCGUAUUGACCAUCUUGUCCUUCUGGACAAGAUUCAGAAAGAUCACACUUAGCAAGCAUGUCGUUUGGGAUGAGGCACAUUUCGGCAAGUUUGGAUCACAUUAUUUGAAUCACGAUUUCUAUUUCGAUGUGCAUCCUCCUCUCGGUAAGAUUUUGGUGGGUUUGUCAGGUUGGUUAGGCGGUUACAAUGGCUCAUUUGGAUUCGAGUCUGGCGCCGAGUAUCCUGACGAUGUCAAUUAUGCUGCUAUGCGUAUCUUCAACGCGUUUUUCGGUGCAAUGAUGGUGCCUAUUGCCUAUCUUACUGCUGUGCAAUUAAAGAUGACGACAAAGGCUUCUCUUUUGGCUGCUACUAUGGUGUUGCUCGACAAUGCAUUCCUCACCAUCAGCAGAUUCAUUUUGUUGGACUCAAUGCUCUUGUUCUUCACCUGCACAUCUCUUUAUACACUUACUACAUUCCAUAACUUGCGCUUUCAACCUUUCACAACAAAGUGGUGGACAUGGCUUUGUUUGACCGGUGCAUCCUUGGGCUGCGUACUUAGCGUCAAGUGGGUGGGUCUCUUUGCUGUAGCUGUCGUUGGCUGUUAUACUGUGGAAGAUCUUUGGAACAUGUGGGGUGAUUUGCAAAUGCCCAAAAAGACAUAUCUUGGACACUGGAUUGCCCGUGUCAUUGGCCUCAUCAUCAUCCCCGCUGUCAUAUAUGUAUUCAGUUUCGUAUUGCAUUUCAGUCUUUUGUACAAGAGUGGUCCUGGUGAUGCUCAAAUGAGUUCCCUUUUCCAAGCUAAUUUGGAAGGUAAUUCGAUGGUUGACAAUCCUCUCGAAAUCGCAUAUGGAUCCAAAUUGACUUUUAAGAAUACUGGCUAUGGUGGCGGCUUGCUUCACUCCCACGUCCAAACCUAUCCCGAAGGAUCCAAGCAGCAGCAAGUGACAUGUUACCAUCACAAGGAUGACAACAACCACUGGGAGAUUCGUCCUCCUAGAGACUCCAAUGCCCACGAAUACGAACAGCCUGAAAAUGAAGAAUUCAUUCGUUUUGUCAAGGACGGUGACAUUGUGCGUCUUCAGCACACAUCCACUGGCCGCAACUUGCACAGUCAUCCUGUCAAUGCUCCUGUCACUGCGUCUCAAUGGGAAGUUAGCUGUUACGGCAACGAGACCAUUGGUGAUAUCCAAGAUAACUGGAAGGUUGAGAUUGUGGAUGACUUCAUCUACCACGACAAGGAGCGUAUUCGCUCUUUGACUACCCGUUUCCGUCUUCGUCAUGUCAAGCAAGGAUGUCUUUUGACUGCUGAUGGCACUAGCUUGCCCCAAUGGGGUUUCAAGCAAUCCGAAGUCUUCUGUGACAAGAACAACAACACCAACGAUCCUUAUUCCAUGUGGAAUGUUGAACAACACUGGAACGAAAAACUACCCGCCGCUCCACCCAAUGCCUACAAGAAGCACUUUCUUCGUGAUUUCAUCACAUUGAAUGUUGCCAUGUGGACUUCUAACAACGCUUUGACUCCUGAUCCCGACAAGUAUGAUAUUCUCUCCUCUACUCCCACUGAAUGGCCUUUUGUUACUGUGGGUCUCCGUAUGUGUGGUUGGGGUGACAAUGAUAUCAAGUACUAUCUAUUGGGUAAUCCUGCUGUGUGGUGGCUGUCUAUUGCUUCCAUCUUUGCUUUCUGUUUCACCACUGCUUACUAUUUGAUUCGUAUGCAAAGAAAGAUCAAUGAUUUAACUCUUGCUCAAUGGGAUCACUAUUUCUAUGCUGGCAAGACUCUCUUCCUUGGCUGGUUCUUCCAUUAUAUCCCCUUUUUCAUUAUGGGUCGUGUCACCUACUUACAUCACUAUUUCCCUGCUCUUUACUUUAGUAUUCUCAUGGUCCCCUUCUUGAUGGAUCAUUAUACUCGCAACUGCUCUAAGACUGUUCAAUGGAUGGUCUUCAUUCCUGUCUAUAUCGUUGUCAUUGGUGUCUUUAUUUAUUUUGCUCCUGUUUCUUUUGGUUUGACAGGUCCCAUCAAGGACUACAGUUAUCUUGUUUGGAGGGAUACUUGGAAUCUUAUUGAAGAGAAGAGAAAUUAA